AUGGCGCCAAUAAGCGACUGCGAGGCGUCGAUAAACGAACUCAUCGAGCAAAUACAACCAGAUCGCUGGCCCGUGCCACAGGGCCAUCGUCCACUUCGCGCUACCGGCAGUGCACUUGCUGUUGCAGUUACGCUGCUCGAGGUGUGUUUCCCGAAUACGGGUGCGCGGAUCAUGACAUUCAUUGGUGGCGCUUGCACGCAUGGUCCAGGCGCUGUUGUGGGUGAGGAACACAAAAAUCCGAUUCGCUCUUGGCAUACAAUCAAGGAGGACAGUGCCUCAUAUAUGAAAAAGGUGAGUGAAAUUGUACGUAGUGUAUUUAGUGUUUCAGUACGAACUGUAGUAAAGCUGGAGGCGAAUCAUGCACGACUUUCCACUUUCGGGAUUUUCUGA